AUGAGGCAUGCCCUAGAGAGGCGAGGGAUGAAGGUCAGCCGAAGUAAAACGGAAUAUAUGUGUGUCAAUGAAAGAGAUGGUGAUGGACGUGUUAGUAUGGAAAAUAUCGAAAUCAAGAAAGUCCAAGAAUUUAAAUAUCUGGGGUCAACAAUGGACAGAGAUGGAGACAUUCACACGGAAGUUAGCAAGAGACUGCAGUCAGGUUGGAAAGGGUGGAGAAAAGUCUCUAGCAUCUUAUGUGACAGAAAUAUGUCUACAAAGAUCAAGGGCAAGGUAUACAGAACUUGCGUGAGACCAGCCAUUAUGUACGGGCCUAGAAACAAUCCCCCUCACGAAAGCUGCUGA